CAAAAGUGAAUAAAAUAAAAAUAUUAAAGAUAUAGUAAUUUAAAAAAAUAAAUAAGCACCAUAAUUCAUUGCAAUUGCAGCAUAAUGAGAACGAUGAAAGUCAAUAAGCGUCGAUUUGUGUUAUGUGUCACUGAAGCUUGUGUUUUAAAUUCUUAACAUUAUAAGCCCUAUUAAUAAAAAAAGCAAUAAUUUUAUUAAGAAGCCAGUGACUAACUUAUUUAUAGAUUUUUUUUACAAUGACGACUAUGGAAGAAGGAGAAUCUACUACGGAAGAAAUACCGUCGGGUAAUCCGGACGAUUUAACAAAAAAUCCUACUGCCUUAAAAGAGGCGCAUGAACAAAUGGCUACCCUUGAUGUUCUGGUAUGUGGACAAUGCCAUUCAGCAUUCCAUUUUGUUGAAGAAUUUAAAGAUCACAAAAAUACGAACAAUUGCACUGGUAAAUCACCAGUCCGAGACAGUAAUGAAAGUAAAUCACAAGUAUGGGCUUUUCUGCUAUGGAAAUGCUCAUCAGUUCGGGAUGGGUCAACAUCUAAUGCAGACAACAGCUGGAAGCUGUAUCAGCAAUGGUGUAGGAUGCCAGAAGCUCAAAGGACGGCUUGGAUAACAGCUGGAUCAAAUGUACAAUCUCUAUCUAAAUUUGCACAUGCUAAAGUUAUGGAAUUAAAGGCUGAAGAUCAGUUAGUUCCUGUGCAGACAGCGGCUCCUGAAGUGAAAAAACGAGGAAGACCAAGGAAAAUUGUCAAAGUGGAGGACACUGAGGCUCAACCAUCUGGAGAAGAGAGUGAUGAUGUUAAAGCAACCCCAGCACAAAAAGCUCUUCUUAAUAAGAUGUCAAUAUCUAAUGCUAAUAGAGCCAGGGAAUUGUCGUCGGACUCGGUGCGUAAUGCGCAGGAGCGCGUGCCGGCUGAGGAGCGCAUCGCGCGGCGCUCGGAGCGCGAGGGCGGUGCGGGCGCCGAAGCGGGCGAGUACGUCGUCGAAAAGAUACUCGCCAAGCGCUUCAACCCGCGCCGCAAGCACUACGAGUACCUGCUCAAGUGGGAGGGAUACCCGCAUGAACAGAAUACAUGGGAGCCGGUAGAAAACAUGGAAACCUGCAAGCAUCUUCUGGAGGCUUUCGAAAAACAGCUAGCACGUCAAAAGGAAUUAAAAGCUUUACGAGCUCAACAACAACAACAACAACAUCCAGUGCAGGUUAAGCAGUUAAGCACUCCAAUACCACAGGUUGUCAAGCAGAUGGUGAAGAAAUCAGACAGUCCAGUGUUGACACCAACUGGACGCUUGCAGCGCACGAGCAAGGCUCGCGCACUGGACCAGGUGAAGGCGUGGUGCGGCGCCGACGAUGAGCCCGCCAGCAAGCGCAUCAAGCGAGAGAUGUCCAGCGACGACGACUACUCUGACAGUGACUCUGUCAAAGAAAAGAAAAUAUUAAAUGGACAGUCUUCCCCAAAAUCAAAUAUAGAUCCCGAACUAGUGAAAUCUUUAGGUCUUGGAGGCAAGGGUAUGCCUAACAUCAAAGGUGUCAUUAAAGUUGAUCCAAAACACAUGCCAAACCUUAGUACUGGUGUCUACAUAAUGUCCAAGAGUUCCGGUAUAAUGAAAAUUAACUCGCCUGGCAAGCUAGGACCUGGCUUGAAUAUAGAUCAAGAGGUGAUCAGAAAACAAAUCAUGGCUGCCAAACAGAAAAAAAUGGAGGAAAAGAAGUCUUCACCGGCGAGCACACCUGUAUCAUCACAGAUAAAAAAGACAUAUGGUGCUGGAGGACAGCAGGUGACAGAAAAGACUAUAAUAACUCCUUCAGGACAGAAGAUCAUCCAGCGUACGAUACAGCGACCAUAUGGCGCAUCAGACGGAAAGUCGCCAGUCACAAUUCUUAAUAAGAAGCUUGCACAGGGCGACAGUCUGCUGCGCGGCUCGGGGGGAACAACGCGAGGACGCGGACGCGGGCGCGGGUACUCGGUGUCCACGGCCGCCGGGAACAUCGUACGCAUACGGGAAAAACCCAUCACCAUUGAGUUUGAUAAGUGGGAGGCUUCGUCGGAGUCAUCUGACGGUGUGGAGGAUCCCUUCCCGCGCGAUCUCGGCCCUCUACCAUCGCCCAGCCCGGAAAGAGAACUCUCUCUGUGUCCGGUGACCGGUCGGCGACUGGCGCGCGCCGAGGGAGAGCCUACUCCGCCACCAACGCCGCCACCGCAGCCGCCGGCCACCCCGCCGCCGGAGACGCACCACGCUACGAUGCUGAUGAAGGUUGAAAUGUCACCAGGAGGCACAACAGGAAUGUUAGUACAGGGUGAUGGAUCACAACAAUCUUUACCAGUAUUAACCGAUGAAGAUGGCACGGAGGUGAAAGUGGAAGCCAGUGCCGUAAAGCAAUUGUUAGAGGAAGGUGUUGGAGUAGACGAUGGCGAAGAGGUGGGCUUGCUACAUGCGGGACAUCCGCCCAUCAUGAUAAGAGGAGAAGACGGCGUGUUAUAUCAAGUGGCAGGAGAGAAUGAAGCUGGUCAGACAUUAUUAGUGGCAGCAGAAGGUGUAGAAGGCGCCGUAGAGGGUGUUGAAGGCACCGUUGAAGGGGAAGGAGAGGGUGUGAUGUAUGUCACGAGGGAAGAUGGACAGACCUUAUUAGUAGCUGCUCAAGGAGUAGAAGGUUCUGUCCAAGGAGUUGAUGAUGCAGUAGAAGGUGAAGGUGAAGGCGUAACUUAUGUUACUCGAGAAGAUGGACAGGACGUGCUGGCCAUCGACCCAACCCAGCUUGCGCAACUGAUGCCGGGUGGCGAGGCUGGCGCGCUACAGCAGGUGGCCGUGCAGGUGGAGGGCGAGCCUGGUGAGGAUGCCACUCAAGUCAUAGCGCAGCUUGUCCAGGCGGACCUGCCUUCACCCGGAGGUACGAGACGUGUAGUACUUUUACUACCAGACGGUAGUUUCACAAUGACAGAACUGGACAAAGAACAAUAUGAGUCAAUAACAGAAGCAAGUAAACAACAGGAAUGAGAAUUACGUGAAAUAUAAAUGUGACUGAUGUGUUAUAUUUUUAAUGGACACUUUAAAAGGAAAGAGACUGUAGACCCAAUACACAAAUAAGCUAUUUACUAAGUUAUUUAAGGAAAAAUAUCUGGAUAAUUUUCUUUUGUAUUAAUAAUAUACAAGACAUAUGUUUUGCAGAGUUAUUGUUAAAGGCGCGGUAUCAUGAUGAAUUGUCUUUAAUUGGGACAAGUGGAUUUUAAUUGAAAUUAGCCCUUGGCGUUGUUUGAUACAACGCCAAGGGCUAAUUUCAUUUCAUUUCAAAAUUGAGACGAUUAAUAAAUUAAAUUAUAAUAUGACAGUAUACAAUAACCCUGCGUCCUAAGAAUAUAAUAUAAGUGGUUAAAUGUAUCACAAUUGUCAAUAUACAUAGAUAAUUUAAAAAUAUUGUAGUUAUGUAAAAUAUUAAGCAUCAUUGUGGACAUUUAUGUUAUAUUACUAGACUAGAAUAAUAAUAAUUAUAAAUACACGUAUAGAAUUAAAAAACUGUGAUGGAUUCGAGCAUGCGCGCAGCUUCAUUCAGAGUUUGCAAUUAAAUACGGCUCAUUAUGAUAGCCGUCAUAAAACAAAUAUGUUUAAGGGGUAAAAACUUAAAUAUUUUUACAACUAUUGUUAGUCCUUAUUCAUUUCUUGAACUUAUUUAAUUUUAAUUAGUAUCAAACAAAUGCUACAACUUGGCAUUAAUUAAGCACUAAAUGACCAUGAAAUGGCUUUGUGAGCAAUUUCUUUCAAUAAAUAGGCAACAAAUUAAAAAAGUAAAGAUUAUAAGUGCGUUGACUUAGUUAUUAAAUACAUACAUAUCACAUCGCUGUAUCUGAAUAAAAACAUCCGAAUGUCAGGCUUAUCAAUUUACACUAUAAUUACAGAAAAAAAAAUCUGAACCAUGGCAGAUAAAUACUUACAUACAUGAAAAUAGAGUUGAUCUCUGUCAAAAAUAUAUAUGUCAGAUUAAAAAAAUAUCACCGCAGUUAAAAACUCGACUGCUAAUGCCUAAAUAUUAUUAUCAUCUUUUUAAUUUCGCAGGUUUCACCCGAGUGAAACUAGAUGUCAUGUAAGAAUUAUAUCUGUAUAUAUGUAUAUAUACAAAUCUGUUUAAGCAUUACAAUUUAUGGCGGAAUAAAGAAUUCACAUAUAUACAUAUAACCUUUUCCAACCACAAGAUAUAUACAUUUGUUGUAGAAAAAUAAACAACUUUGAAAUUAAAUUGAAGCGAUAUCAUUGGUCGAGAUCUUGCAAUAUGCUAUGAUAUAAAU